GAAGCAGCUUCGCCCCGCCGCUACCGGAACCGAGGACAACUCCCGCAAUCGCAGCACGCUCUCCCGAUGGCCCGGUACGAAGAGGUGACCGUGUCCGGCUUUGAGGAGUUCAAGCGGGCAGUGGAGCAGCACAAUGGCAAGACCAUAUUCGCCUAUUUUACCGGUUCUAAGGACGCCGAAGGAAAGAGCUGGUGCCCAGACUGUGUGCAGGCUGAACCAGUCGUACGAGAGGGGCUGAAGCAUAUUAGUGAAGGAUGUGUGUUCAUCUACUGCCAAGUAGGAGAAAAACCUUAUUGGAAAGAUCCAAAUAAUGACUUCAGAAAAAACUUGAAAGUAACUGCAGUGCCUACACUACUUAAAUGUGGAACACCUCAAAAACUGGUAGAAUCUGAGUGUCUUCAGGCCAACCUUGUGGAGAUGAUGUUCUCUGAAGAUUAACAUUUGAUGAUGGCAAUUGUGUCAUGAUUUCCUGAUUUGUUCUAGUAUUUUUAAAAAGCCGUAUACUUGCUUUGAAUUCAUGUUACCAAUAAAUAAAUGAUGUUAAAAAAUUGGUAUAUGUCUAAA